AACGCCGAAUCCGCAUUUAUACAUCUAAGCUUGUAUAUAUAACACGACGACGCGGACGUGUAAGUGAAGCACAUUUUAAAUUCUUGACAGAUACGAAGUUGAUCUGUUUAGAUUGUAAGGGUGGAGGUCUUGUACAGUAGUUGUCGGUAUACACCUGAAAGUUGCUUGCAACCUUUCAAAAAAUGAAGACGAUGAGGACGGAGGCAAACUGCAGCUGAUUUCAAGCGAUGCAGACGGACCCACACACCAUGUCCGCUGCGGAGGAUCGGCUCGUUAAAGCGUCUCAGAAUGAGGACGAGGACAAACUGCAAUUGAUUAGAGGUGCCGUCUUCCUGGCCGUCGUGUCGUCGCUGGGCCUGAUCGCGGGGUUUGGCUCCACUUUGGCUCUGGCCAAGAAGAACAACCCGGACUGCUUCAGCAAGGGCGCAACGGCGACAGCGGCGCUUCCCGAGAGCGGCGCGGCGCUGGCCCUGCGGGCUCUGGGACGAGGCUCGGCGUACGCCUGCUGCGGCGUGGGCCUUCUGAGCUUCGGCGUCUGCAAGCUGCUCGGAGUCGGCAGCCUGUCUGACCUGAGGCGGAAGAUGGCCUCGUUGUUCCCGGCCAUCCCAAAGUCGAAUGCGGCGGGAUCGGACUCGACCGACUUGGACUCGCUCUUCAAGACCAAAUGAUUGGAAGACGCGGUGCGUGGGAGAACUCUUGAUCCGCGGGCCGCCAUCGACGGCGACAGACGUCCGUGGCUGGCAGUAAACGGUCAUGUGUCGGCGCCAUUGACGGCAAUUGAUGUCCUAUCCGUUUGAAACGGGAGGGUAUUUUCGGAGGCGGAGUCAAAAUAUUUGACGAAAACUACUUACAGUAAAAGAAGUACUACUAAUCGUAAAUUGUUU